AUGGGAUCAAGACACCGUGUUCACAGAGAGCCAUUGAAUCCUCGAAGGGGGUAUCCACAGGAGAGUCCUUACGCCCGCGGCCCAGCUAUGCAGCGGCCACACCUUCCUCCUCAUCCGGCAUUGCUAGAGGAAGAGCUUGAAGUGCAGCAUGCAGAAAUGAGGAGGAUAGUAGCAGAUAACAGGAGGCUGAUUGAUGAACGGAUGGCUUUGCAGCGAGAUCUUGCAGCUGCGAAGGAAGAGCUCCAUCACAUGAAUCUUGCAAUUGGUGACAUUCGUGCUGAGCAUGAGAUGCAUUCGAGGGAGCUUGUUGAUAAAAGCAUGAAGUUGGAGUCUGACCUUAGGGCGAAUGAGCCGUUGAAGAAUGAAGUUAUACAACUACGAGCUGAAGUUCAGAAACUUAGUAGUAUCAAACAGGAUCUUUCUGGGAAGGUUCAGACACUCACAAAAGAUGUUGCUAGGCUACAGAAUGAUAAUCAACAAAUUCCUUCGAUGCGGGCUGAGAUUGAUGGCCUGCACCAAGAACUGAUGCGUGCUAGAACAAUGGUGGAUUACGAAAAGAAGGCAAACAUGGAGUUCAUGGAACAGAGGCAGUCAAUGGAAAAAAACAUGGUUUCCAUGGCCCGAGAAGUUGAGAAACUUCGUGCUGAGCUUGCUAGCAUGGAUGGAAGACGUUGGGGAGCUGGUGUGGCUUAUGGAACAAAUUUUGGUAGCCCUGAGGGGGGUUUCCCACCUCCAUACGCAGAUGGAUAUGGCGUUCACAUGUCUGCUGCAGAGAAAGGUCCUCUUUAUGGGGUGGGUACUGCUUCAAGGAAAGCACACGAGAAGCCUCGCACAAACCGUCGUUGA